AUGCCGCCAAUGGAGGAGCCGAGCGCCGCGACAGCAACUUCCCCCGACAGCCCCAUCUUCGCCGCGCUGGAGACGCUCUCCCUCAGCCUCGUCGACGAGGCCACCAUGGAGGACGACUUUCCCCAGCCAUCCCCGCCACCUCCCGGCAUGUUUGCCUUGCAACAAGCCCUCCUCAUGCAACAGCAGCAGCAGCAGCAAGGGGAGCAGGACAAGCAGAUGAUGAUGAUGGCGGCGCGUGCGCGCGCCUUCCACGAACCCGAUCACCACGCCGGCCCAAGUUGGGAACCACACGCACCAGCGCCCUCCUCGUCCGCAUCCGUGUCAUCGUCAGCCACCUCACACUAUGCGCAGCCGCGCUACGACAGCCACCACGCCAUCGAGCAGCAACAACGUCAGCAGCACCACGGCUACCACAACACAUACCCCACACAGCGACAGGAGCGGCCGAUUCCCGUCUCGUACGCAACACCGCCGCGCAGCACUGCGACGCUGGCCUAUGCACAACGGCAACGCGAAGAGUACCACUACUACCAGCAGCAGCAACAGCAGCAGCCGCAGCACCAACAGCAGCAUCCUCGCGGCGACGCUCGGCCUUACGCGUCCUCCACCGCAUCAUCCUCGGCAUUCACGCCCGUGUCCGCUGAUCCGUGGAUGGAGACUGGCCACUCUGCUGCGCCAAUUCGCUCGACCGAGCACGUGCGCAUGCCUGCACCGCACAUUCGCCAGCAUGCGCACCACAUCCACGCGCACAGCCGCCACGAGGACGCACAGCGCUACGCCGCCUACCACCACGCCGAUGACAGCCAUCACCAACACCAGCACCAGCACCAUCACAACCAUGGCUCACACGCUGCCACACUGGCAUGGGCGCUGGCGCCUGCACAGCGGCCCGCCUACGCAACCAGCAGCGAGCAGCAGUACGCUCGUCCAGCUGCACCACCAGCAGCACCAGCGCCACGUGCCCCUGAGCACCACCAGCAGAUGUUCAUGCCCCAGCCAACGGCAACGACCUGGUCCCAGCCCUCCUUUGACGACGUACGCUUCUUCACCGACGCCUCCGCACCAUCGCUGCCGUCCCACCACCACCAUCACCACCACAGCGGCACGAGCAGCACGGGUGAUGUGUUUGAUGAGUACGAGUACGAGUCGCCAUAUGCGUUUGCGCAGCUGCCGGACCUGAGCGCGGCCGUCUCCGCCACCAGUGCACGCAAAUCAACCACCACCACCACCACAUCCACACAAACGCAGACGUACGACGUGCAGGAGCCCGCGCCCCUCCCCACCACUGCUGAUCACAUGCGUCUGUCGUGGGAGAACCUGCACCAGCACCAACAUCAACAACAUCAACAUCAACAACAUCAACAUCAACAUCAGCACCAGCAUCAACAUCAGCAUCACUUGCAUAGCCAGCAGGAGCAGCCGUCAGCGGCCGCUCUUCAACCAACGACGGCGGCUGCGCUGGAGAUGAUGUCCCAGGCCUCAUCCACCUCAUCCCUGCCCAUGUCGGCCCACUCGCCGUCCCCACCACUGCCGCCGCCACCCCCGCCACCAGCUGCGGCUGCCGUUGCCGUAACGCGCUCGUACCUGCAGGCGGUGCGCGGUCCCGACAUCGACGCUCCUUCCACUGCCAUGCACCCCGGCCUCACCGUGAUGAGCAGCCCGGACAGCGACGCGAGCGAUGCGGAGAUCACCCCGCCGCUCCCCAUUGUCGACCGCCAGCACCAGCACGUUGCAGCGAUGAGGCAACAACAGCAGCAGCAACGACACCAGGCUGCACAGCAAACACGCCAACACCAACAGCAGCAGCAGCAGCAGCAGCAAGUGUCUUGCCGUCAGAUGGCCAAACAGCACCAACAGCAGCAGCAGCCGCGUCAGGCCGCUCUCAACGCUUCACCGCCGCCGGUCACGCCAACGGUGGCGGCGGCAGCAGGAGGUGGCGGAGGUUCCGUGCAACAGCAGCAACAGCAGCAGCAGCAGCGGUAUGUCUUCAUUGACAACGGCAACAUCUUCGUUGGUGCGCAGAGCCUGGCCAACGGGUCGAUGGAUCUCGCCAUCCGCCUCAACGUGCGCGUGUUCUCGGAUCUGAUUGAGGAGAAGUGCGUGUGUGCAGCGCGGGAGGUGGCGGCGUCGCGGCCCUCCAAUCCGCAGAUCUGCAACGCCUGGCGCAAGAUCAACUAUGCCGUGUUCAACGACACGCGCAGCCAGACGGCGCACCAGAUUGUGACGAGCCGCAUUGCCACCGCCAUCCGCAACAGCCGCGGCCCCAACACGCUCGUGCUGGCGACCGGCGACGGCAGCCAGUACCCGGACCUUGCUGCCAUGGCCGCGGCCAAGCGGUGGCGGGUGAUUGUGUGGUCGUGGAACCGCUGCCUCAGCGACAAGUUCCGCAAGCUGCAGUGCCGCUUCCCAGACAACAUUGAGAUUCGCGCGCUGGACACGUACCGCUCGCAGAUUACGUUUAUGGCCAACGGCCGCCGCGAGGGCAUGAUGCAGCAGCAGCAGCAGCAGCAGCAGCAGCAGCAGGGCGGUGUCGGCAGCACUGGUGCUGAUGGUGGUGAUGCGCAGGGUGCGGGUGUGUCUGCCGCCACUCGCCGCCAGCACAACCAGCAGCAACAACGGCAGCGACACAGGCACCGCUAG